UGAACUUAAUUGUUUCCGUUUUUUUUUUUUUAAAAAAAUAUCAUUGAUUGUGUUUCUCGUUUGGAUCUUCUGCAAUUUUAGUUUCAGCUACUGGUUUAUAAUGUGUUGAUCCACCUUAUAAAUAUUGGCGCGAUUGAUUGUGAAAUGGUAUGCGUAUGAUGAUCUGCUACUGCAGAAAUGUUGGCAAAUGGAUCUGUUUCUGAAUCAAACACUAGUAAUAUAGUUACAACUUAUGUCUCUGCAUGAAUUGAAAUAAUAAUGACUGUGUUUGUCUUUUGGUUCUUCUACAAUUUUAUUUUCAGCUACCGGUUUAUAAUGUGUUGAUUCACCUUAUAAAUAUCGGCGUGAUUGAUUGUGAAAUGGCAUGCGUAUGAUGAUCUGCUACUGCAGAUAAUGCUGGCAAAUGGACCUGUUGCAAUUGCAAUAAUAAUUUCUUACGAGCUAAGUUGCUUGUACUCUUCACGUUUGGUGCGGCAUCGGUGACGUGGGUAUGGGUGCGGCAUCCGCAACGAAUUUGGUCAACUGAUUUUGGGUGCUUUUAGCAAAAUCAACAGGGAAAUUCGGGACGGAUACAUAUGAUUAUCUGGUAUCAAAACAAAAGCUAAGAUGAAAUUGAAGAAAAUGAAAUAAGCUUGUAUAUAGAAAUUUAUGUAUCAGACUUUUUCCUUUUGGAAUUCUCCUCUGAUCAAUAUUUUUGCCUUGGAAUACCUUUUGUAACUUUCCCACACAAUGUCCCAUAAUCUGGAUAUAUUUGAAUUAUUUUUAGCCAAAUCUUCCUACUUGCAUCCAUACCUGGAUCUGUGCCCAGAAUCUUAAAAUUUAGGUCAUGGACGAUCCAACCAGUAGAUUCAUACCUGUAUCGGACACACGAGUCCGAGCGAAUUAGCUUACGAGAGGCGGGUUAUUGUGGACUUUUCAAAUCACAAAAUAGGUUAUACAUAUUGAACAGAAUGACUUUGGUUGAGUCCCAUUGAAGUUUUCAAUUUUAACUGUUUAACUCAAGGCUACCUCAAUUGAUCAUAGUCCAACCAUGUAUGAAGAAGGUCUUAGAUUCUACCUUUUUCCUUAUUCUUGCUGCAUUUUGCUUGCACUUUCAGAAUUGAUACGUUGCUGCAAUAUGUUAAGCGGAACAUCGAGAUACUAAGAAUGUGAACAAUAUGAGGUCCUUCAGCACCAUGAGUCUGAGUUGUUUUUCAGCAAUGAUGUAUUGAUAUGUAUAUGUCAUAUUGCAUGUGUAGCUUCACCUAUUUGUUGGAUUUUAUUUGUUUCAUUUUUUGAGAUGGUUUGGGCAUGUGAAGAGAGGAGAAGUGUAGAUGCCCCAGUGAGGAGGUGCGAGAGGUUGGAUACAGUAGGUACGAGGAGAGGUAGAGGUUGGCCGAAAUGUAUUGGGGAGAGGUGAUUAGAUUGGACAUGGAGCAACUUCAGCUUAUCAAGGACAUGACCUUAGGGAGGGUAUGGAGGUCACAUAUUAGGGUAGACGGUUAGCAGGUAGUGGAGUAUUGUAUUGCUUUUCGACGGGCAUAGGCUUGGCGGCGGCUGUUGUACUGUUAUCCUUAUUCUUGUAGUGUCUUGCUUUUGAUUUCGAUUAGUAUCUAGUGUUUCAGUUAUUGCACUAUUUUGUAGUGGUUACUGUUUCCUUAUUAGUUGCUGUUUUUUCUAUGACGUUUUCCUUUUCAUACCUUCUAUGAUUUGCUAUACUCGAGCCGAGGGUCUUUCAGAAGCAACCUCUCUACCUCUAAAAGGUAGUGGUAAGGUCUGCAUACACUCCACCCUCCCUAGACUCCACUUGUGGGAUUUCACUGGGUAUGUUGUUGUUGGCUCCGUAUAAGCUUCAGUAUCUUACUCUUAAUAGCAGUAGAAAUGUGUCUUGAAGCAAGAUUUCUAAGAAGAAAGUAGCUUAUUUCCUCUGCCAAACCAGAUGAAUAUUGGAUAUAAUUGAUUUGUAGGUGAUUACAAUAAAUUUCUCUGAUUACCCUCAAUUGAUUGAAGUUCUGAUGUAAGCACAGGAGAUUUUAUAAAACUUCUUCCUUAUUCAUGAAGUCUCUUUUUUGCCCUUUUUUAUAUUGAUGUGUUUCAUGUGGACGGUAUUUUACUAGCAGUAAGAUGAUAUGAACCUAAACCAUUUGAGAUCCUGGCAAGUAUCUGCACUCAGCAUCCACAUAUGAGUUUUGCUUUUGGAUUAAAUGGAGAGAGCCAGACUUACCAUGGAUAUAUUAUUAAUUCAUUGUCUUUGUAUAAGAUAUUAUGUGAUCAAGGAGAAAAAGGUCACAUCCCCAGAUAACGAAGCAGAUCCUCUUCCAAAUGCUGGAAGAGUUGCAUUAUCCAAAAAAUAUCGGACAGCUCGCAACCCCAAUUGUAAGAUUGUUCUUUUCUUGACGAUCCCCUUUUAUUACUACCCAUGUCCUAAUCAGUUUAUUAUUUCAGAAGAUGUUAACUGCUUCAUCUUUAUCCCUCUAAAUUCUGUAAGAAAUAAUAGUAUCGUUAGUGCAGCUGAUACACCCAAAACUUCAGAGUAUGCUUUCUUCAAGAAGUUGAAAAAGAACAUUGGCCCUAGCAAUCCAGAUCUUCUCCAUAGAGGGAGUAAACUUCCAAAGAUCUCUCAACCUAGUAAUUGUAUCUCAGACACAACAAGCAUAUACAACGUGCUGAAGUACCCAAAUAAGGACCUUAAAAUCCCAAUUCAAGCAGAAAAGAAAUAUCAGAGUAAUGAAUGCCUGUCCUUUUCACCUGUUGAUGGUGUCAUAGUACACCAAAAUGCAGGCAUAUCAAAGGAGACAAAACUUAAGUACUUUUCACUCCCAACUGCAGUGACUCGUGUAGAUUCAGAUUUGCAGCUGUCACCCCUUGCGGGUCCAUCAAAUCAUUCAGGGACUCAGUACUCUGGUAAUGGGAUUUUUGCAGCAAAGAGGCAGAAACUUUGUCAGCGAGCAAAUGAAUUGUUUCUUAACGUCGAAAAACUCAAUUCUGAAAGGUUUGAUUUGGUUUCUGCACUUCUCAAGCGGCUGUUCCCUGGAAGGAAGGAGGAUGAAGGUUUCUGGGAUUCACAGGUCAGGAAAGGGGAAAAUGCAAGUACUAGCUCACUUGCAUAUGCUAAGCCAGAUCAUGCAAACUCACGACCUCUUUCAAGGCACAUAGAAGAUGUUACAGCACCAGAAUAUAGGAUGAGCGAGGAUGAUUGCUGUCCCAGUAAUUUCUUUGGUAGGCCAGAGGAGAGAGUUACCCCAGAGUUGGAUGACUUCACUUCUUCUUUUCAUCCCAUUGGCUUUGAUUUGGAAGCUGGUUUGCACUAUGAAGAUGCAGAUAAUAGUCAAAUUUCAAACAACAAAAUAACUAUAAAUUUGUGGGAUCAGAGUGAUUCAUCGCCUUCCUUAUCCUUUGAGCGUCAUGGGCUUGCUGAUCAUUUCCUACCAGAUAGACUUCAUAGUGCAUAUGUACCUGUAAGUAGAGGAGCGCAAAACUAUUUCUUGGAUUGGGAUUUCAAUGAAGAGGACAAUGAUCCUGUAUUAGCCAUUUCUACUAUCAGAGGGAAUAAAUUGUAUUCACCAAUAGCCACCUCACGGCAAGUUGAUUACCAGCAGAGUACAGAAAAGAAGCUUGAUGCGCUGGCAUUGUGUUCAUCCUCUUUAUUUACAAACUCUGAAUAUUCUGAUGUGCAGCCAUAUUUUUGUUCAACAAGCUUUCAGCAGAAAUUCUUUCCAACUGAUGUCUGCUCCAAGGAUUUUGGAAUGAUUCUUGAGCAUGAGGACUAUGCAGUUGCAAGAAUGGACCGGUUUGAUCUACCCUUGCUAUGUUACUCAGAGGAGCAAGGUCUUCUGGAAUAUUGCAAUACUGAGGAUCCAUUUGCAAGCGGCACUGCUAUCGUCCCAUAUCUCAGUCAUCAUGAGAAGAAUCAUUGUGAUUCUGAUGCCCUCUUGCCAAUGGCCUUGGAUACUUUUGGCUGGAAGUUCUUGUCAGCAACCAGUUCCCCGUUGCAGAGGGGUUUAUCUACUUAUCAAUCUUUAAGACUGCCUCAUAGAGAAGAUACAAUUGGUCUAACACAAGAGGAGAUCAAAAACAGCUUGUAUAGUUUAAACCCAAGAGAACUUGCUCCGCAAUCAGUUGACCAUGCAUUAAACACUGACAUCUGGUUCUCUUGCAACUCUGAAGUAUCUUGUGACAAAGCUGGUGGCAGAUCGCUAUUACUUGCUAAUGCAAGCUGGAUUACAUCUGUGGAAGAAAUUUCCCCUGAUCAUUGUGAUGAAUGGACAUGGAGCUGAAGAUUCUCAUAUAUUUCUGCAGGUCUUAUAAUCAUAGUAAAUAAUCAUAUGAUGGAAUAGCAGGGUUGCCCCCUAUCCCACUAAAGGUAUGUUCUGUCUCCGUGAUCAUCCUUCGUGUGGCCCUGUUAUACUUACGUCGUAUUUGAGAUUCAGGACCAUGUAAAUACAUUUAGUUCAAAACCAAAUAGAGUUUCUUCUUUUUUCCCAACAGAAUGGAAUUCCACCUAGGAAAACAUUGUUGA